UUCCGUGAACAGCGCCGCUUUGAAGCUCGCCCGAGUGCUUCUGUGCCUGCGCGCGCUCACGACACCGGCACAUUCGCUGCAUGAUGGCCGAGGGAGGCGGACCCGAGUCGGGCGGCGCGGCGGACUCGGAGCCGGUAGCCGCUCAAAUGCCAACCCCGUCCACAGAGAGCCAGAAAAAGACCAUUGGCUCCCUGCUGAAAACGACUCUCCGGAAGGGCGACGAGUGGUUUCUAAUAGACAGCCGGUGGUUUAAACAAUGGAAGAAGUAUGUGGGAUUUGACAGCUGGGACAUGUACAAUGUUGGUGAACGAAGCCUCUAUCCAGGACCGAUUGACAACUCUGGGCUGUUUUCAGACCAGGAGACUCAGGCCCUGAAAGAGCACCUCAUAGAUGAGCUGGACUAUGUCCUUGUACCCACUGAGGCAUGGAAUAAGCUUGUCGGCUGGUACGCCUGCCUUGAAUGUCAGAGACCCAUCGCCAGGAAGGUGGUUGAGCAUGGCAUGUUUGUCAAGCACUGUAAGGUGGAGGUCUAUCUGUUGGAGCUGAAUCUGUGUGAGAACGACAACAUGGACAAUCUGGUCACACGCCAUUUCAGUAAAGCUGAUACUAUAGAUACUAUAGAGAAGGAGAUGAGGAUGCUGUUCCAUAUCCCAUCAGAGAAGGAGACACGACUCUGGAACAAAUACAUGAGCAACACCUAUGAGCAGCUGAACAAGCCGGACAGCACUGUACAGGACGCUGGUCUCUUCCAGGGGCAGGUGCUUGUGAUUGAGCGCAAGAGUGAAGAUGGCACGUGGCCCAGACAAGCCUCCCAUCCCAAAUCCAGUACAACCCCAUCUAGGAACUUUACUACCUCCCCAAAACUCUCCUCGAACUCAUCGGCCAGUAUCUCGUCAACAGUAGCUAACGGAGACAGCAGCUGUAGCCCUGAAUAUACGCUCAAUAACAGCACCUCAUCUGGCAACAGAUUGGGCAGCUACAAUUCCUACAGCUCCUCCUACAACUACAGAGAGUCCCAGUCACAGCCCGGACUGUGUGGUCUCAGUAAUUUGGGCAACACAUGCUUCAUGAACUCUGCCCUCCAGUGCCUGAGCAACGCAUCCCCACUCACGGAGUACUUCCUCAACGACCAGUACGAGGCAGAGAUUAACCGAGAGAAUCCUCUGGGAAUGAGGGGCGAGAUAGCCGAGGCCUACGCUGAUCUAGUAAAGCAGAUGUGGAUGAGUCGCAGCAGCUACGUGGCCCCACGUACCUUCAAAACCCAGGUCGGGCGCUUCGCCCCCCAGUUUUCAGGCUACCAGCAGCAGGACUCCCAGGAGCUGUUGGCCUUCCUGUUAGACGGGCUCCAUGAAGAUCUGAACCGUGUCAAGAAGAAGCCUUAUCUGGCUGUGAAGGAUGCAGAGGGCCGACAAGAUGAGAUCGUUGCCAAGGAAGCCUGGACAAACCACCGUUUACGCAACGACUCCAUCAUUGUUGAUAUUUUCCAUGGCCUCUUCAAAUCUACUUUGGUGUGCCCAGAGUGCUCCAAGGUGUCCGUCACCUUCGACCCAUUCUGCUACCUCACCCUGCCUCUGCCGAUGAAGAAGGAUCGCACCAUGGAGGUUUUCCUGGUGCGAUCAGAUCCUCAGUCUCAACCCGCGCAGUAUCGAGUGGUGGUCCCCAAACUGGGUACAGUGACAGACCUGUGCAGCGCCUUGUCCAAACUUUGCGGCAUCCCUUCAGAAAAUAUGGUGGUGGCGGAUGUUUACAAUCACAGAUUCCAUAAAAUCUAUCGACGGGAUGAUGGCCUGAACCAGAUCAUGGAAAAGGACGACAUCUUUGUGUAUGAGGUUCAGGAGGAGAACAGUGAGAGGAUGAACCUGCCUGUAUAUUUCAGGGAGCACCACACCAAGCAUGCUGGAAGCUCCACAAGCACCAUGCUGUUUGGCCAGCCUUUACUCAUCACCGUGCCCAAACACAACCUCAUAGCAGAUGUUCUAUAUGACAAGAUCCUAGAGAGAAUUGGGCGCUAUGUAAAACGGUCCCAGAGUCCCAGUACUGAAAGCAGGGCCUCCGCCUCAGCCACCUUCUCCAGCUCCAGUCAAGCUGCUGAAUGUUCUACAUCGUCUGGUGUCAAUGCCGGCCUGGGCGGCAGUGGCAGCCCCCAGUCGGACGGAGCCUCCUGCAGUGCCAGCUCUAGCAACGGCAGCAACCACUCAGGGAACUGCAACGAGACUAAUGGGCUGUAUGAUGGUGAGGAGGAGGCCAUGGACCACCAGGUGAGCCCGGAGCCGGAGAAUGGCCAGUCUGAAGAAGAGGAAGAGACCUCUGACCUGGAAAACGGGUCUAAAGGAGAUGCUGCCAAGGUGUCCACUUCACCGGCUAAGCUCUUCACUUUCAGCAUAGUCAACUCUUACGGAACCGCCAACAUCAGCCCACUGCCUUGCGAUGGCAAUGUCCUCAAACUCAAUCCACAUUCCACGGUGGCGAUCGACUGGGACACGGAGUCAAAGAAACUGUGUUACGAUGAACAGGAAGCAGAGGCCUACGAGAAGCACGAGAGCAUGCUUCAGCCCCAGAAAAAGAAAGCCACCGUGGCUCUGAGGGAGUGCAUCGAGCUCUUCACAACCAUGGAGACACUCGGAGAACAUGAUCCAUGGUAUUGUCCCACAUGUAAGAAACAUCAGCAGGCCACAAAAAAGUUUGACCUGUGGUCGCUGCCUCAGAUUCUGGUUGUUCACCUGAAGCGUUUCUCCUACAACCGGUGUUGGCGGGAUAAGCUGGACACAGUGGUGGACUUUCCAAUUAGGGAUCUGAACAUGUCAGAGUUUGUGUGCGACCCUAAGGCCGGACCUUACGUAUAUGACCUCAUUGCUGUGUCAAACCACUAUGGAGGAAUGGGAGGGGGUCACUACACGGCGUAUGGCAAGAACAAAGUGGACGGAAAGUGGUACUACUUUGAUGACAGCAGUGUCUCGUCUGCCUCGGAGGACCAGAUUGUGACAAAAGCAGCCUACGUGCUCUUCUAUCAGCGCAGAGACGAGGAAGCCCCUUCCAAACCUCAACCUUCGGCCUCGCUGGGAGGAGCCCCCGAAGCCGCAGAAGACCACAUGGACACAAAUUGAGGAGCCCUGACUCACAGGGACACGCACUGAAACGCAUACAGACACUUGGACGCAGACACACAACGCUACUUUAGUGACAGAGGACUCCACAGACUUAACAUUAUUAACCCCACCUUCCCUGUAUUUGAUUUUUGUCUUGUAUGUUGUCAAACUAGAGCCAACAGCCUUGUCAGAAGAUUGACCCGAGAGACUUCCUCCUCACAGCGGGUGGCCUGCUGAUUUCUGAACAUAGUUUACUAGUCUGGAACUAAGAGGAUUAUAAAUGGAUAUAGAAUUUUCUCACUGGAUGAACAGAAUGUUAGAAGUGCCCUCAAAUGCAUAGAUAAACAAAUUUUUCUGUUGCCCUCUACAACAGUCAGAAAUAUAUAAAAAAAGAAAAGCCAAAUGCUCAUCUUGUUUCAACCAAAGUGUUCCAAGUUAUUUAUGAUAAAAAUGUACCAACUUGUAAGACAUUAGCAGGAUCUCACUAAGCUGAGGUUAACACGAGCUCUAAUAGUGUGAUGUGCACACAGGACAAUAUUAUCAGGCGUGCUUGUUGAGAGAAUUUCCUGUGAACUUGCGGCACCUGUGUGGAGUGGAGUACUGAGGGGGGGGGGGCCCUGCUAGCUGCAGACCAGCUGCGGUAGUUGUGCUCUCAGUCUGCUGGGUCUGUGUUGCAAUCAAAAAAAAAGCCACAGAGGGGAUGUCUCAUUUCAAGGUUUUCAAGAUCUGGGUCUUGUGGCAGGAGCUUCUUGAUCGGCCAUCUUUGUAUUUUUUCCUUUUUUCUUUUUCUUGACGCACAGCAUGGGGCUCUGCUGUCUCUUGGACCCUAAACUUGUGAGAGGAAUUUUACCCUGCUAACAAUUUUUAUUUUCUUCUUUUUGUAAUCACAAUGCAAACGCGGCCUUUUGAUUCCUGCAACCUGACUUAAUAGGAGGCACUUUGAAUUCUCCAUGAGUACUUUAUCUACCUGCUUCUGGUGUAACUAGACAUGAUGACAGAAUUGUAUGGUUUGGCCUUAGCAAAGCGUUAUGGUCUGUCAUACACUACCAGAUGAUUUUAAUGUGUCUUUUUAAGCAAAUUUUAAGUUGAAUUGCUGCCUGAUCGGACCCCUAGCUCACUUGCAACGGCUUGUCCUUAUUAGUCUUGUACAUUAAUGCAGCUCUGUAUUGAAAUGGCUAUGUUUGAUAUUUUCAAAGCACACUGAGUGAAGCGAAAUAAACUAGAAUAAAAGUGGUGCUUUAAUUCAUGAAACUUGAACUUGCUCCUAGUCACGAGGAUCGGUCCACACGUGUCGUCCGAAGGGGGGAGUACCUUCCACCACUUAGGAGCCAAUUCUUGUCCUUCCAGUGAUCUUAGCACAAUACUCAGCUGUUUUAUGUAAUAAGAAAAUCAAUCCCUUUGUUUUAUCUUAGUCUUUUAAAAACAAAAUUGUCCCCAAUCACCCUCAGCACAGUCAUAACUCAUGUCUUGAUUGUGUCAACUGAGUAUAUAAUAGAAACAACUUUCACUCAGCCAAUGAUUCUGGAAUCUAUUUUAUUUUGGUGUGGCAGAAACACUGGACUUUGUUGCAUAAAAGUAUGACGUUAUGUUGGGCCUCUUAAAUUCCCUCUUUGCUGGUUGGUCUUUGCCAUCGUGCUCUUGUUCACAAAUGACUACCAAAAGAUAAUCAUUUAUGCCUGUGACCAUAAAGCUUUACAUCAAAUCUGUAAUAUGACGAAAUACUUAGUUGAAUACACAAAUUCAGCUAGUCUUUUUUUCCCCUCAAAUUGCGACAGCAAUUCAAACUCAAAACAACUGAAGAGAUGUAAAUAAUCACACUAUUUUAAAUAGGUGUAUAAAUUCUUGUCGUCAUAUUUAUCUUAUUGCCGAUAUCUACAGUAUUUGUUUUUAAACUGAGAGCUAUUUGAAUUCAAAGUACAAUAAAGACUGGAAGCCUCUA